ACAUGACCUUGGUGGAUCCACCGGUUGGGGAGGUUUUUGGAUAUCCUCGCUUCCACGUUCCGAUGGCCUCACUUCCUCCUUCACGUUCUUCCUGGCUUUUUCAUGUCUGUCACAGUUUUAGAAGUCCCACAGACAUAAGUCAUUAAACCAGAAACUGCGAAGACAACAAACAGAGUUUGUACCACAGUUUAAAUAAAUGAAAGUGAUCAAAUGGACUCAAGAAUCUGCAAAUCACGGAUUAGCAGGCUUCCCGCUUAUCGUCAGAUAAUAUGGUACUGGAUUAUAAUUGUAACAUUUGGACUUUUUUUCACGGUGAUGUUAUCAGGCUAUUGUCAAUGGCCUUUGCCCAUGCUUCCCCUGAGGCAUAGAUCUGUAUUCAAUAAUGAAACACAAAUGCUCAAAAUCCCAGAAGACCUGGGCUUCAGUGAGUAUGAGUGGGACCGGAUACAGAGGGCACUCCACUGGGGUGAACCAGACCACCAGAUUACCACUGCAACCAUGAGCACCAGUCCAGACCACUCCACCUUUUUAAUAAACAACUUCAAGGACAGUUACUAUGUGGGGGAGGAACUCCAUGCCACCAUUGUUGCCAGGGACUUUACUGGUAUGCCAAAACAUUAUGGAGGGGAUCUCUUCCAAGCAAAAGUUUAUUCAGACACAUUAAAGGCUAGUGUGUUUGGAGACGUACUCGACCACCAGAAUGGUACCUACUCAGCCCGGUUCACCCUGCCAUGGGUGGGCACGGCAUUGGUGGCAAUCCGUCUGAUUCACUCCAGUGAGGGCGUACAGGUCCUUAAGAGGAUUCGGGACUCCAGCUACAUCUACUAUCUUGGCUUCUUUGUAGGCAAGAACCCCCAGGGUGCUCGAGUGGAGGAAAAGGCAAUGUGCAACUUGAAAUGGGAAGGGGUGGUGCUGCCAGGUAAGGGAGAGCGCUGUGAGUACAAGGAUGCCCGCACGGGGACAACAUGGCACUGCCGUAAACCCCAAACUCUGCCAUGUGAUGCCCUGUUGUACCACAAUACAGAUGAACUCAUGAGGGACAUCACAACGGCCCUUGACAGGGUUCUCAUGAGCAGUCAACAUGUAGACCACUGGCUGAAGGGUGAUUCACGGCAAAUUAGAGUCAUUGCCUCUAAUUCAACUAUUGGAACGAUCAAGUCAUGUAAACCUGGAAUGCCAACACCAACACCAGCAGGAUUCUACAUGAAUGAUAUUUGGACGUCAUUUGUGUGUGCCACCCGUCAUUUUGGGGAUGUGAAUGACAGAACUCAGUGUCUGAAGGACAAGCAAAUCUACACAAUGGGAGACUCGACCUUGAGACAGUGGUUUGAGUUCCUCUGUGGGGCUGUGCCUACUCUAAAACGUAUGAACCUCUACUCUGAUCGCCAAGUGGGGCCCUUUAUGGCAGUGGACGUAGCGAACAACAUCCUCCUGCACCACCGCUCACAUGGUGCCCCCCGAUGCUGCCCUGACGGCCCGAUUGCGGCAAUGCACUACAUCAGUAACCAGAUUGAUGACCUGGCUGGUGGGCCACACACUGUUAUUGUCUUGAAUGUAUUGGCUCACUUCACCCAAUUCCCAGUCUCCUUCUACGCUCACCGGGUGUACCAGAUCCGUCGUGCAGUAGUGGCACUGUUGAAACGUGCACCACAGACCAAGGUCAUCAUCAAGACAGCCAACACAGGGUACAAGGAUUUAAACCGCAGUGACUGGUUAGCCAUGCAGCUGGAUCAAAUCCUCCGCGAAGUAUUCCGUGAUGUGGGAGUUUACAUCCUGGAUGUGUGGCAGAUGACUGCUUGUCACUAUAAUGCAGACGAUCUCCAUCCUGCCCAAGUGAUCGUCCAAAACGAAAUUGACAUUCUGCUCUCCAUUAUCUGCCCCCAGUAAGGAGGCAGGCCCAUGUUAUGAGAAUAUUGAAAUAUGGGAUAUUUACGGGAAAAUAUUGAAACGGGAAGACAGCAGGGAAAAAAGCAAAAAAUAUGUGAGGGUUGAUUACAAAAAAUGUAAUCGAACAGAAGUGGGGUGGGCAGAACAUGGUUUAAUCUGUGUCAGAUGCCUUAGUGUCCUUUUUUGCAUAAAACAUUAAUUGUUUUCUUCUUGAUUAGCUACUUGCUUGUGCUGUAUCUGACUUGUACGUUACUUUGGACCAAAUGACUAUAUGUAAAUGAUGUACUGGUACAUGAUAUGACUGCUGCAUGGUGUUGGGGCUGUAGCCAACAUGGUGGAUGGGGUGGGGGUGCAACGUUUUUCCAAUAUAGAAUAUGUGGAUCUUUUUGGUGUGUGAAACUAUUUUCAGACAGUCUUAUUGUUGUGUAUGUGGUUUCAUGCACUGUGUGUGUUUAUGUUCUUGUUGUUCUUGCUGCGCAUUGGUGACGUUGAUGUGAUUGAUUGCGGUUGACUGAUUGCGGUUAGUAAAAGAAAGCUUAUGUUAAACCCUU